UUGCUCCGAAUCUGUGGUCCUUCAGCUCUCAGUCUCUCCUCACUCAGCUCCGACUGUCUCUUCUCUCUUCCUCUCCCAGCGACAGGGAAAUAUGGUUGGUGAAAUGAAGUUGAUGAUUGCGGAGGAACAAAAAUUCCAAGGGAAAGCAUUGUCGUUAUCCCAUACGAAGACGGCAAUCACUACGAUAAAGGAGAAAUUCACUGAACAGCAGCUGCAACUGUUUGAACAGAGUUGUUUUGGUCAUCUCCUAGGGAUUGAGGACCUCAAGUGGACUUCUCCGAUUGUCCACGGGUUGCUGCUCAGGAAAGCUGAUCCCAAGACAGUUUCCCAACUGAACGGGAUCAAAUUCAUUGUUGGCAAGAAGGUCAUCCAAUUCACGGCGCAGCAAUUUUGCAUCGUGACAGGGCUAAGGUUUGGAAACCUUCCCUUGAUUCCGAUUCCCACGAAUGAGAACUGCUCAUUGAAACGGAAGUACUUUGCCAACGAUAAAGCUGUGAACCUGUUGGAAUUAGAAAAGGCCUUCCUCGAAUGCGAUGAUGUGGACGAUGUAUUCAAGCUUGGAUUCGUAUACUUUGCUGUCUUUGUGCUGUUGGGCAGCGAAAAACAUGUCCACAUUGACAUGCGAUAUUUGAAGUUGGCGGAAGACCUUGAAGACUUUGGGAAGUAUCCAUGGGGUGCUGUGUCUUAUGCGAAGACAAAUGCGUCACUGCUGAGGGCACUUUGUGCAGAUUACCAGCGAGUGAAAGUGCCCACAAAAACUGCCAAAACAAAAAAAUCUGGAAAGAAACCAACAACAACGGCAACCGGUAGACCAAGAGAGUACCACCUCAAAGGUUUUCCGUAUGCACUUCAGAUUUGGGCGUAUGAGGUGUUUCCAGCGUUGGCUGCACUACAUUUGGUGGUGCACGAAGAAAAUGCGCACAUCCCUCGUUUACUACAUUGGAGGAGCAAUAGUUCGCCGCGUUUUUAUGAGCUAAUGAGCCAAGUAUUCGAGAACCGUGAGGUUGAUGUGCAGCUUCUUCGGCCAUCUGUGAUGGACAAGCAGCAGCCGUAUUGGACUUGGGGUGACAGUGCUGACGACAGUGAAGAACUUGUUGACUUGUUGGGCGAUGACGCUGAACAACAAACCGGCACUUCUGCCUCUGUAGAAGAAAAAGAGAAGGACAUUGACGAUACUGCAAACCUUCCGUCGUCUUCUAAGGGUACAGUCGCGUCCAGAGAGUUACGCACUUUGAAGCGUGACUUUCAAAGGACAAAGGAUGAAUUGGCCAAAGUUUCCCUAUCAAAUCGAGCACUUUGCGACAGAGUGCAUCAGUUGGAAGACAAGGUACGGAAGGAGUCAAUGAAAGCUGAAAAAGAGUUCGAAAAAAAUACAAAGUGUGUGGAGGAUUUCCGCAACACCCUGUCUUCAAUGGAGCAUUAUUUUAAGUUGGAGAUAGAGCAGCUGAAAAAACAAAAUGGUGGGGUGAAUGAAGCUGCGGAAGGACAUGAGGACCUCGGUAGUCCUCAUAUGAAUGAAGGAGGCAACAAUGACUUGUCGCCAUUACAUGCCUAUGUAAGUCCGCCGACAGAACCGGCAGUAAUGGAAACACAAGUCCCCGGUGAUGGAGCCGAACCUUCCGCAGGCAUGGUAGUUGAAGAGGCAAAAAUGGCCGCUUCAGUUCCUCACUCAGAAGUGCAUGAAGUAGCUGACCCGACAGAAUCCGAUGAGCUGCCUACCCCGAAAGAUGUUGCUGGGUGUGACGAAAUCUGCCAAAGAGUCAUGAAGCUGUUAGAAGAUUGGAAAAUCACUAAGAGUAUGCCAUCGGGAGGUUUGAUGAAUCCUCCAAGUCCACCCACAGUUACUAUGGCUGGUGAUGAAGAAGGUAGUUCAAGUGUUGAAAACAAAGAAGUGGAAGGUAAAGGGUGCAGACAGAAGCGCCCGGCGCAGACAUUGUUGAGCCCAUUUACAGAUCCUUUGAGGAAGAAGAGGACGAUGACUGUGUCGGCUGCGACUGCAACCCCGCCAUGUUUUGAUCCAUCCAAAUCCUUGCCCAUUGAAGAUGUGAAGGCACACCUGGACAUGGCAACCUUUCUUAUCCGCAAAAGGCAACUAUCUCAUCCGUUGGUUUUUGGAACGGACUGGACAACGGCAGAUUGUUGCUUGCAGCAAUUUCUAGAGCCGUUCAAACCGACGGCCAGGAAACGUGGAUCGAAGAAGGCUGCUAGUUCAAACACCGUUGACCUUCCAGCCAGCAAGGUGAAGAAUUUACAUCACUUUGUGCGUGGUACGUGGCAACACGGCUAUGCCCAAGCUUGGACAAAAGUCCGGAAGGUGUAUUUUCCAUAUAAUCUGAAAGGGUCUCAUUGGGUUGCAAUCGAACUUGAUUUCGUAAGACAUACUGCAACCGUGUAUGACUCCUAUAUUGAUUAUACGAAACGUUCAAAGCUGGUUACGCUUCUGCACCCUAUUAGCGAUACGCUGGCACGAGUGCUGUUCGAUAUGCAUUUUUAUGAUGCUUCUGAGGUUGAAGAGGUGAAGCAAAAGGGGCUGACGAUGUCGAUGUAUACGCCAUUCUCAGUGUGCAGCAUUGCAGAUGUGCCACAACAACGAGAUGGGUAA